GCUAAAACUUGUUUCCAGACGCCUCAUGAAAUAUUGAAAUUUCCACUUCAACCCAAUGUUGAACAUGAUACAACAGAAGCGGGCCAUACUACUCCAGUCUUACUAUAAACACCUGCUCUAUCGUUCAAAGGCUGGUCCAGCUAUAGCCAUUUACCCAACCCAACAUAACAAAACCUUCCAUUCGUCCUCUUCACACCCCGCAGCUGUGCGCUCAAUCCCCGCAAGGGACAAUGUGCCAAUAUUCUCGUCUUCCACUUCCUCCUCAAUAUUAUCAUUAUCUCAACAAACAGCUCAAUACUCUGUGCUUUAUGAGCCACUGCAGCCAAGAAUCCCUGCUUGCGACAACACUGGCCAUUUAUCGAUUGUAGAUUAUUUUGACCCCGCUUAUGUCCCGCAUAAGCCAGCUUAUAUCUUUAACCAUGCAGCCUCUGGCUUUGCCAAGCCGGGCCGCACGGUCUGUAUAACACCAGAGGAAAGUGUCCAUUACUUCAGUGUGCAAGUGGGGGAAGACUCCUAUUUCAAGCGCUACAAUGCUCUCGGGGUGGCUGACGGUGUCGGCGGCUGGAGAAACCAUUCAGGGGCCAACCCAGCACUUUACUCGAGGAAACUCAUGCACUAUGCGUACCUCGAAAUGGAACAACUAGAUCUUUCGUCCACACCCCCUGCGUCACUUUACAGCCGAAAGAUCGAUCCGGUGGAAAUACUGCAGCGCAGCUAUGACAAAAGCUCACAGGAUGCCAAGCAUGAAGGCAUAGUAGGUUCUUCAACUGCUUGUGUAGUGGUCUUAGGCAACGAUGAGCUGAAGAUUGCCAACCUCGGGGACUGCGGAUUGUCCAUUAUCCGGCAUAACAAUUUUGUUUUCCGUACGGAAGAACAACAGCAUUCGUUCAAUUUUCCUUAUCAAUUAGGAACAGGCUCAUUUGAUUCACCUCAAGACGCACAGCAAUUCACAGUCAAGGUGGAGAAAGGCGAUAUCAUCAUCUUGGCAUCGGAUGGCUUGUUCGACAAUCUAUUCGACGAUGAUAUCCUCGACAUUGUGUGUGAACAGGUGUCUCCCAAAUUGGAAGGCGUUUUGACCACAGGACCAGAUUUUCCGGAAAUCGAUCCACAAGCAAUAUCGGAUGCUCUGGCGCUCCGAGCCAAGCGUGUAAGUGAAGAUAAUGACAACGGAAGCUCACCAUUCCAAACUCGAGCCAUGAAAGAAGGCAUGUACUACCAGGGAGGUAAAGCGGAUGAUAUAAGCGUGUUGGUUGCUAUCAUUAAAGAUGUCAGCUGAGCCGCCUGCGACAGUAGACCCAAAAAACAGACGUUGAAAAAAGAAUUGCCCGGCAGCGCCAAUUGGCUUCUUUUACCAUGCCCCUUAUAUGAAAAGAAAACGCCCUCAAAUAAUGUUGGAUAGACGCUAUUCACCAUCGAUAACUUGUGUAGAUAUUUUGCUUCCAUGUGCCUUUUGUACUUUAAAAUAAACUCCCGCUUUCAAAAUGAUGACGUAGGUGUAUUUGCCUUCCGAGCUUUUUUAUA